CAUUUCCCGUGAGCCCGCGGGCGCGCGAGGACUACGACUCCCAGCAUGCUCCGUGGCCGCCGGAAUUAACCCUUGAGGGCCCGCGGCCGCCCUGCGCCCCGCCUCCGCCCCUUACCUGGACCCCGCGGGAGAUGGGUGCCCCCAUCGGCACACUGUCCUUUGGCUACCGGACAUCAUGCCUCCCAAGAAGGAUGUUCCCGUGAAGAAACCAGCGGGGCCCCCAAUCUCCAAGCCCCCUGCCAAGCCAGCAGCAGGGGCCCCUCCAGCCAAGCCCAAGGCUGAGCCAGCACCAGAGCCAGCGCCAGCACUAGUGCCACUUGUACCUCAACCCCCUCCGAAAGUCCAGGAGCCCCCCAUUGAUCUCUCCAAAGUGGUGAUCGAGUUUAACAAGGACCAGCUGGAGGAGUUCAAGGAAGCCUUCGAGCUGUAUGACCGAGUGGGAGAUGGCAAGAUCCAGUUCAGCCAGUGUGGGGACGUGAUGAGGGCCCUGGGCCAUAAUCCCACCAACGCCGAGGUGCUCAGGGUCAUGGGGAACCCCAAGAGUGAUGAGCUGAAGUCCCGGCGUGUGGACUUUGAGACUUUCCUGCCGAUGCUCCAGGCGGUGGCCAAGAACCGGGAUAAAGGCUCAUACCAGGACUACCUGGAGGGGCUUCGGGUGUUUGACAAAGAGGGGAACGGCAAAGUCAUGGGAGCAGAGCUCAGACAUGUCCUCACCACCCUGGGAGAGAGGAUGACUGAAGAUGAGGUGGAGACAGUUCUGGCAGGACAUGAGGACAUCAAUGGCUGCAUCAACUAUGAAGCCUUCCUGAAGCACAUCCUAAGCGUCUGAGCAUUACAGGUGCAGUGGGUCGAGCACUGCCCGCCCCGGCCCCCAAAGGCGAAAGCACGUUCCUGCCACUAGGAGGCCACCUUUUGUUGAAAAUAAAGAGAUGGUUCCUCCCUGGC